CGCUUGGCUCGAUUAGCAUUGAAAUCAGUGUCCGAUAAGAGCGUCCGAUCGACGGAAAUUCGCGGAGGCGCCGAUAGAGCGUCGCAGUUCCGCGAUCCCGCGCGGCGAGCGAGCGAUCACGAACCUGCUGUAUCAGCCGUUACACGCGUGUUCAACCCGGCCACUGCAAACAUCAACGCCUGAACGAAAUUAAUAUCGAAGCUGCGGAUCCGCUUCGCUAAUCGGCGCGACGACGACGCUGUGAAAACGACGGCUACCGUCAAUUAACGCAACCGAAACCAAGUGCAAUUACGUUCCUCGUUAACCCAUCCGCGUGAAAUGUUGGUUCUGAAUGUCGAUCGAUGGUGACGAUUCCAAUUUGCCUAAUUUUGAAGUGACUCGUUAAUUUUAUAAAAGUAGUAUUGCAGUUUCAUUGGUAUUUAUAAUGAAAAGAAUAUUCUAAGGUGAAUAAUAGGAUAUUUCGGAGGGAAAUAGUAAGAGUAGUUUGUUGGGAGUUUGGAAUAGAGUGGCCAAAAGAAUAAUAGGAAAUUGAGAAGUAAUUUAAAGUUAAAUUAGAUUUUCAUUUGGUUUUGGUAACGAAGUAAUUUAACACAAAUGAUAAGAAUAUCGACAAAGUACAUUUAGAAGCGUUGAGAAUUUGGAAACGAAAACUGAUUAAGUAAAAGAAAAACCCGCGAAGAUUUAUCGAAGUACAGAAGUAAAAACAUAAAGUUUCAUCUUAAUAAAGAGAAAGAAAAGUAAAUAAACUAGUGUGACUGGAACGAAAUAUCUCAGUAAAAUAAACGUAUAGUAGAAUUUUAUCGAAAAUUACGAAGAAUAAAAGUGAUCAGCAAAAUGGAGAAGAAAUCAGCGAGCAUUUUGAAAAUGAAUGAAGAUAGAGGGAAUGCGGAGGAAUUGGAUGGGCUUUUAUUUCCGAAUCGAGACUCCUCCCUUCGGCCGGUGUCACGCAAUCAGGUGGUCGAGACAAAGGUAUACAAAAGACGAUGGCUGAUCCUGAUGAUCUUCGUGGUGUACAGCGCCAGCAACGCGAUGCAAUGGAUCCAGUACAGCAUCAUCGUGAACAUCGUGACGGAUUAUUACAAAGUGUCCAGCUUUCUGGUGGACAUGACCAGCAUGAUAUUCAUGAUAACCUACAUUCCAUUCAUAUUUCCGGCGAGCUAUCUGCUUGACAAAUUCGGGUUGAGGUUCGCAGCCUUGCUCGGCGCGGUCAUGAACGCGUUAGGAGCAUGGAUCAAAGUGUUCAGCGUGAGCCCAGACCUGUUCUGGCUGACUUUCAUCGGGCAGACGGUGGUUGCCGUCAGCCAAACCUUCAUAUUGUCGGUCCCAGCUCGUCUGGCCGCGGUUUGGUUCGGCCCGGAUCAGGUCAGCAGCGCGUGCAGCAUCGGCGUUUUUGGAAAUCAGCUGGGCAUUGCCAUCGGUUUCCUAUUCCCACCAAUGCUGGUCCCAAGCAGCGAAGACCCCGCAGUCAUGGGCCGGGGCCUGCAAGUCAUGUUUUACAUCGUGGCUACGUUCACCUCAGUGAUUCUAGUCGUCAUAGUAAUCUUCUUCAAAUCUGAGCCACCUUUACCACCGAGCCCGGCCCAAGCCGUGCAGAGGGAAACGGAAACCACGGAGAAUUUCUUCCAGUCAGUGAAAAAACUGGUCACGAACGUCGGUUACUUGUUGCUCCUGCUGAGUUACGGCAUCAAUGUCGGCAUUUUCUAUGCUAUCAGCACGCACCUGAAUCCUAUCGUUCUUAAAUAUUUCCCGCAUCAUGAGAUACACGCGGGGAGAAUAGGUUUGACCAUUGUUUGCGCUGGGAUGCUGGGAUCCGUUGUCUGCGGCAUUGUUCUCGACAAAACGCACAGAUUUAAAGAAACGACGCUCGGAGUUUACCUGCUCUCGUUCCUCGGCAUGAUCAUCUUCACGUUCACCCUCAACACCAGUCAAAUCUAUGUAAUCUAUAUAACAGCCGGUAUAUUGGGAUUCUUUAUGACCGGAUACCUGCCAGUGGGCUUCGAGUUCGCAGCAGAAUUAACGUACCCGGAACCGGAAGGAACGUCGGCCGGCCUGCUGAACGCGGUCUGCCAAGUGUUUGGUAUUGUCUUCACGAUCCUUUACGAUCAGUUCUUUAAUUUAUGGGGCGACUUCUGGGCGAACAUUGCUCUUUGCGUCACUUUAGCCGUCGGAUCGUUCCUGACGACCAUCAUACCGAACGAUCUUCGGAGGCAGAAUGCUAAAUGCUAAACAGCACGAAAAAUCGAAAGGAAAAAAGAGAUCGAAAAGUUGCCAGUCCUCUCCUCGAUUCAUCGGAUCGAGCGUUUCGUGUUUGAAUGAAUCUUGAGGUAGAGAAUACGAAUUGUUGCUGAGAUUCUAGAUGUUUAAAUGUUGAGAUAAAAUUAUUUUGUGGAAAAGAAUAGAUAGGACCCUUUUAGACACUGUCGAGGUUAUUGUUAAUAUUAUUCUGAUUCUCCUGUGUUACCUAAUUUUUACUAGGAAAUUAAAGAAAUCUCGAAUGAGUGAUCAACUAAAAUUAUGUCGACGUACACGGAAUUAUUUAAGAUAGCAAAACAUAUCUCAGACCAUGUUUUGUCAUAAAAGAGAGAAAUAACAGAAUGGUCCAAAUAUAUGCCAGAUCAUUCCACGAGCAAUGUCUUUUCCCUUUUAUUUUAUACAAUCAACCAAUCGAUCAUUUUUAGAGUAUUCAAGCCAAGAUUAAUCAAGAGAUAAAGUGUAAUAACAAAGGACAAUAAUUAAAUACGGCUAAAGUAUAAGUUCCUUGCCUGAUUCAAGAUGAACCUUAAAAACAAUAUUACUCAAAGAAUGAUCUGAUUGAUAAUGAAUCAGUAAAUUCAGAAUAAUAAUAACGAUAAUACAGGAGGAAGCAGUGUGAAUGUGGGUCAUCGUUCCAGAUCUGAGAUUCUAUUGAGUAUUUCACAAGGAAUCCAUUGUCGAUAACGUACCAUUUCGAGUACAAGCUAGCAUAGGAUCAGAGACUUGGAACGUGCUCAGGUAGUCUUUCGUGUAGCUAAUGAAAGGAAAAGAAACGGUGAUAUUGAUGAUAAUAAUAUUCUUAGCCCUUAAGCCCUGUUGAAACGAUUUCGAGAUGCUGUGCAUCGACUCAUCGUACGAAGAUGAACUUAGAUUAGAAACCUUCGCGCCAAGGCUGCCGUGAACCGAUGCUUAUAAUAAUUAGACUGCGAGCAUUUAUAGAAAUUCAAGGUUUCAAGAAAUAUAAUUAGAGAAACGGAACGCUAUAUGCACAUUAUGAUACAGAUACAGAUCACGAUAGAAAAUAUUCUUUUUUCUACGAAAUAUUCAAAUAUUUAUUUAUUCUUCUAUAAAACAUUAAAAUAUUUAAAAGCGUAAAAAAAACACUGCACUUUAGGUAUUUUAUAUAUCUCUCUUUAUAGUGCUCAUUUCGUGCAACCUUACACCUUGAAAUUUCCCAUGAAUGCAUAAAUAUUCGCAGUUUGCCUGUAAUCGGAUAUUUAUAAGCAGGGUAGACGGAAGAUUCGGAUGUCCGAAGCUUAUAGAGGCCUAGGCUGUUGGAAAAAAGAUGGUGCUUCGCCAUUCCUGUUUAAUCGCGACGAGAAUCGUCGGACGUACAAAUGUUACCCUAAAUAUCACGAAGAAUUCGAAUGUUUACGGAAUAGGGUUCGAAACGAACGUGAAAAUCAUACUUUCCACGGUGUAUUUAAUUUAGCCGGAUACGUAGGAGGUAAGAUAGCAAUUUAAAAGACGAGCAACAAACGAUGGAGUAUCUGUGAAGUACAAUAAAUCGAAGAACUAAAUGAUCUCGGUGAUCUACUGCGUGAUGGAAGAACGUAACCACGAAAAACGAGUUUAACAUUUCUUUGGAAUCAGCGACGUACAGAUAAGUACCGUCUGUUGCGACAAACCUGGCACUCGUGACGUCACAGGGGCAGAAACAGUCGCUUCGAGAAAUCCAAUUGCAAGUCCGGAAACGGCUCUCCCCGCCCUUUGUCGCGCGACCCGAUUAGUGUGCGUGAGCGCCUCAACGAAUCGUAUGCCAAAACCGAAAAUUCGUGUGAGUAGGGCGUGCGUCUUCGAAUCUGACCAUUCAGACGAGAGUUCCAGGUUCGCUGCAAACACAUUGCACUGAAUUCAUGAAUAGUAUCCGUUAGAGCAACUCCUGUAAUAAAGUACAGAUUUUGAUGCGUUUAUAAUAAACGCAGGUGCAAGAGACACAUUUAAGUGCGAGGUAUGAAAUUCAACUGUACGCGACAUUACUAUGAAAAGUUGAGAACUAUAAGCUAUCAAUUAAAAUCAUUAACGAAGGAUGCAUACCUCGCAUGAAAAUCUGCAAUCUAUUCGCGUUGAAAGAGAAAUUUUAUAUGUUAAUAUUUUAUUUUUACAUAGUACUUCGGAGAUUCAAGAUCUCGAUGUAUCAUUCAGUUUCUUAAGGAAAGAGCUUUCAGAAGUUUGACAAAUACUCAAGUGAGCAAAGGUUUAACGUUCUCCGCUCGGAAUUUUAAUGGACCACGUUUUUCUUAGGCCGGAGCAAUUUUCGAUAACUCGAUGACCCAGAAACGGGUCGAAUGAUGCGAACGCUUCCAUCCCCCAACACCGCAGGAAUUUAAUUUGCCGGUUGAUCCGACCGGAUUAAUAAAAUUCAUCUACCGAGGCUGCGGGCAUUCGAUUAUCGUGCCGCUCGACGACCAAUUUGCGAGGGGGAUUAAUUCGAUUUUUCGAUAAUUCCGCUUUCUAGAUCACUGAUAAAUAAUAUCGUAGUUCCACUGACCAAGAUUUAAAUUUGCAUUACUCCCUUGCCAACGAGCACGAUCGUGUCGACAAUAAGAACGACGUUUCUAUGUCUCGCGUGAAUAUUCAAUAGAACCUCGAUUAUCCGAACCACUGACUCAGCGUUUUUCGUUCGGCUUACCAUUCGACUAUCUGAACCAUGUGCUUGAUCGUAUGAAUCAAUUUGGUCUCGAUUACCGCGGAUAACCAAGGUUCCACUGUACUGUUCGAUUACCCGAACCAUUUGAUAACACGAACCACUUUAGUCUCAGUUAGUUCGGAUAAGCGAGGUUCUACCGUGUUAACAAUUAAUCGACGUAUUCUUCUAAUUGUUAUCAACUUGAAAUUUUAACGUAAAUUAUUCCGACGGCGCGGCAUUCGUUAGGAUUAUAUUGAAAAGUUAUUUUUAGAGUGUCGUGUCGUCGUUGCAUUCCAUAGUUUGAUAGAGUUUGCUGAGCAAAGUUUGAGAUGAAAGAUUGAUUCUGAUUGCUGGAACAGUUGAGAGAGGCGGUGAGAGGAAUUCUGGGAAUGUUAGUCAAUUAAUUGUUACGAUGCGAAACGAAUGCUCCCGUAAUCGACGAUGUUGAACAGUUGAGAUGUUUACAUGUUAAUAGUAGCGUGUAUAGAUAUAUGUAUAUAUUUUCAGAGGAUCGAGUGUUGUACGAUAUAAUAUAUACACAUAGAUAUAAUAUAUUUCUGUAAAAGUAUUGAGAUUGAUAGUCGGAUGAAUAGAGAGAGAAGUACAAUUCGAAGAGUUACGAUGAUGAUAGUUACCAUACUUCGAUGUAAUACGAGAAUACUGUGAUGCCCGUUUCUGCUGGAAUUGUACUGUAAAAUAAUCUAUAUCACUUCCCACGAUUCAACAGCGAUGCGACCUGACACAUUAGAUAAACGCGAGUUCCGUUGUUUCUAAUCCACUUUACGAAAGACAUAUCUCUGAUUUGAAAUUUGAAGGAUGUCUAAGAGAAAUAAUAGCGUUGACGUUGGUUUCUCCAAUUAUUAAGAUUUCUGAACGCUCCCAGAGUCGACAAACGCGAGCGCAGAUUAUUUUACACGUUUGUAACUUUGCUGUAUCAGCAACCUUUUGCGCCAAAGUAUCGGCAUAGUCCUAAGUAUUUCGUCGAUCGACGCAUAAUUUACAGCACAAACAUUCACCUUGAUUCGAUUUCCGCCUCGUUCUUCGACGAGAAUCACCUUUUUUCAUUUUUAUUUUAUUUGCACAAGGAGGAAGGAAAUCGGGAUCUAAAGGAUUCCACCGACAACGUGUAUCCACCGGUCUUCCGCUCUUUUCAAUUGCACAUUUCCGAAAAACAUUUUUAUCUUCAUCAGUACCUAACCACCCCCCGCCCCGCCCCGAUACCUGUUUUUUGUACAUAAAUUGUUGAGAGUGCGACGUAUUUUUUGUUCUCUUGCGAACUAUCGGCACAGGCCUACCACGUGCAGAGAAUAAAAGUAUCUGUGAUUAUUGACAAUAUAUCCACGAUUAAAUUAUCGUCUGAGUGUGUAUGUUAAUAAGAAGCUUCGAGGAUUUGAAAAUCGUAUUGUUGUCUAUGUAAUGUUGUUAGUGUGUAG